AUGGCUGGGUGCUGGCUGAUCUCACUUCGCACAUCAGCCGGGCCAAUCCUGCUGGUUCGACCUGCAAUCGGGAAGCGAGCCCGAGGGCACCAAGAGCCUUCGGUGACAAGCACCGCGACCCCAGGACCCACGGCGACCCCUUCAGCCACUACAAGUGCCACGCCGCUGGGCGCAUCUGCAGAUCGGAGGCUGAGCGACGGCGCCCAAGCUGGGAUCGGAAUUCGAGCAUUCCUGGGAGCCCUGUUGCUUUUGGGGCUGGUAUCGUUUCUCGGUUUCCGUUUCCGCGGUGCGCGUACCAAGCGUGGCAGCCACCAGGACAUGGUUCCGGCGUUGGGCCCUACAAAGACCGACAGCGCGUCGCAGUCCGAGGCGCACAGUUACAUGGCAUCCGAAGAAACCAUUUCGAUACGACAACGUGCCGAGGUCUUUGACGUGGGGGUGCGCCCGGAUCUUUAUUUGUACCAGCAGUGGCAAGCGCCGCUGGUGCCCGAACUGCAGACGGAACCCGAUGUGGAAACCCACAAGUACCGGGUCUGA